CUUGUAGAAAAUUAAGUUGUUGGACAAAGUUAAGUUCGGAAAAUGAAUAUUCUAUCGUAUUUGCAGUUCUUUAAAAGGUUAAUUUUUUCAUUCAAUGAACUGCGAACUUCUGGACAACAAUGAGGCUAGAAAAAGGUCCGUUCAGAGUGUGGUCAUACGUGAUCAUCAUCUGGUUUCUCUGCGAUUCGGAAGCUCUAUUUAAAUUUACCAACAUCAAGUGUAUUUGUUAUGAAAAGUCGUUCUGUGAGCUAAAGCGCUGUGAAUUAAAGGUAUUAGGUCGUGGCGUUGUGGGUCUUUUUUUGCAUGCCCAGGCCAAUCAGCUGCCCAUUAACACUUCGUCGUGCGUUCUCACCUUGUUCCGAAGAUUUAAUGGCUACAAGCCAUUUCUCUACAAUGUCACCGUCGAUAUUUGCAGCUUUCUGAAAAACCGAAAGCGCCAUCCAUUUUUCAAUUUGGUAUACGAUGGUAUACGGAACUUCAGCAACAUAAAUCACACCUGUCCCUUUAAUCAUGACAUAAUAGUGCACCGAAUGGUACUGAAUGAUAAUAUGAUGGUCAAGGUUCCUGUGCCGAAUGGCUUUUACAAACUUAAAUUUAACAUGAAAACAGAUGGCGUUUGGAGAGGCGAAGUUGAGGUCCAUGUGGAGGUUAAUUUGGGUUUCGAUCGCUAAAGAAUUAGAUGUAUCAGCUCAAACAUUACAUACUUAGUAGAUACGAUCUAUUUGUUUACGUUUAUCAAUCACAUUCAAUAUAAUCUCCGGUUCAAUGAAGCAUGUAGG